AUGCCUCCCAAGAAGGCCACCAGCGUGACCAAGAAGGCCGCCGCCCCGGCCCACGCUUCCUACCGUGAUAUGAUCAAGGAUGCCAUUGUCAACCUGAAAGAGCGCAAUGGUUCCAGCCGUCAGGCCAUUAAGAAGUAUGUGUCGUCGAACAACAAGAUCAACGUCGCGUCUCAGGCCACUUUCGACGCCCAGUUCAACAAGGCCAUCAAGGCUGGUGUUGAGAAGGGCGAGUUCACUCAGCCCAAGGGUCCCUCUGGUCCUGUGAAGCUGGCCAAGAAGGAGCCUGCUCCCAAGCCCGCCGCUAAGCCUGCUGCUAAGAAGGCCACCACUGCCAAGAAGCCUGCUGCUGCUAAGGCCACUGCCGCCAAGAAGACUGCUACUUCUGCUACCAAGAAGACCCCCGCCUCCAAGGCUGCCACCACUACCCCCAAGCCCGCUGCGGCUAAGAAGGCUACCGCCACCAAGAAGACCACUGCUGCCAAGCCCAAGGCCAACUCUGGUAAGGCCCGCAAGACCACGACCACUGCCGCACCGGCGAUCGUUGAGCAGCCCAAGGUCAUCGGCAAGACCAAGUCUGGCCGAGUCACCAAGACCACAGCGGCGCCCAAGCCCGCGCCCAAGAAGCGUGCCACCCCCAAGAAAUAG